AUGAAGUUUCGUGGCCAGCAACAAGAACGUAUUUAUAAAUUUUUUGGUGUGAUUACAGCUUUAUUACUCACUUUAUGGUUAUUACUACCCUCUAAUGUGUCCACUACCAAGCUAUCAGCAAAAGCCGGUAUAUCACUACCUUUAGAAACUUAUGUUUCUCAAAACAAUUUAGGAUUUAAAUAUAAUCGUGUUAAACAAGCACCAUACCCUGGUCCAAGGGUCAAGGCAGCCUUUGUUACUUUGGCUCGUAAUCGUGAUUUAUGGGGAUUAAUUAAAUCCAUCAAAAGUGUUGAAGAUCGUUUUAAUUAUAAAUUCCAAUAUAAUUGGAUUUUCUUAAACGAUGACGAAUUUACUGAUGAAUUUAAAAGACUAACGACUGCCGUCGUUAGUGGCGAAACAUUUUAUGGUAAAGUUCCUAAGGAGCAAUGGAGUGUUCCAGACUGGAUCGAUAAGGAAAAAGCUGCUAAAGGUAGAACCGAAAUGAGAGAGAAGGGUGUUUUAUACGGUGAUAGUGUUCCAUAUAGAUUUAUGUGUAGAUAUGAGAGUGGGUUAUUUUUCAAACAUCCACUAUUGGAUGAUUAUGAAUAUUACUGGCGUGUUGAACCAGAUGUGGAAUUUUUCUGUGAUAUCGACUAUGAUGUUUUCAAAUUCAUGAAAGAUAACAAUAAAAUGUAUGGUUUUACUAUUAGUUUGCAUGAAUAUGAAGAAACUGUCAAAACCUUAUGGAAUACUACAAAAUCAUUUUUGGAGGAACAUCCUCAAUAUUUGCAUGAGAACAAUAUGAUGGAUUUCAUUAGUGAUGAUGAAGGUUUCUCUUAUAACAUGUGCCAUUUUUGGUCUAAUUUUGAAGUUGCCUCCUUAGAUUUUUGGAGAGGUCCUGCUUAUACUGACUAUUUCAACUAUUUGGAUAAAGCAGGUGGGUUCUUUUAUGAAAGAUGGGGUGAUGCACCAGUUCAUUCUAUUGCUGCUGCUUUGUUUCUAGACAGAAAUCAAAUACAUCACUUUGAUGAUAUCUCUUAUUAUCAUCCACCAUUUGUUCAAUGUUCUGUUGAUGAAAAUGUCAGAUUGAAUGGUCGUUGCACAUGCGAUCCAAAGGAAGAUUUCACUUGGAAUGAUUAUUCAUGCACUUCCAAGUAUUAUUAUAUUAAUAAUUUGGAAAAACCAAAAAACUGGCAAAUGAAUAUGUAA